AUGAAACUCUUACUAAUAAAAAUAUCGAACUUCUAUGAAGCCAUGGAAACAAACAAACUAUUACAGGAAAAGCUCAAAGACCUUGAAGAAAAAAAUAAAAUCAGUAACUCACAAGCACUCUACGACCCAGAAAAUGAAAUAAUUAAAUUGCUUCCAAACAGAAAGCAUGGCUUGCCUAACUUUGGAAACACCUGCUAUUUAAAUUCUCUUUUGCAGAUCUUUGCAAGCACUCCUCUUUUAGCAAGAAAAGUUGAAUCUAUAAAUUCUCCUUUUUGCAAUUCUUUGUAUCUGCUUUUAGACAGCAUGUUUAAAGAUAACAGCUUAAAAACAAUCAGAAAUUUAACGCAAGAUUUCCGUCAAAAUUUAAUGGCUACCUAUUCAAAUGUAAAAAAUAUUUAGAUUGAGGCUUAUAAUCAGCAAGAUGCUAAAGAAGUAUUUAACAUGAUUUUAAGCAAAAUUGAAGAAGAUGGGGGGAACCUUGACUUAUUCUCUAUCGGAUUUCAUCAGGAAUUUAUUUGCAAGACCAUGCUUAAGCAUCGAUCUGAGUAUCAUGAUAUCCAAAUAUUUCUAAUAUUCUGCAUUGAUUGAAUGCGAUUUUUAUUUUUUUUACUUUUAAUAAUUUUAACUCAUUAUAUGGUUUAAAAAUUUAUUUUUAGCAGGCAUAUAGAAGUUUCCUAUGUUUGGCGCUGUAAGGCCGAUAAAUUCUGAUCGAAAUUUAUCGGUUGGUUGCACCAAAUCAAUGCCUUGGUCGGACCAAAAAGCGAUUUGGUCCGACGAACUUGGAAAGCUCCUGGGAAAAUGUCUGCGCUUUCAGCGCUAUAUAGAGGAAACCUCUAUAAUUCCUCCCUGCCAUAAGGAUUCGGUUGAAAAUUAUCUUUAUUACUUAGGCACUUAUUAUAAUUCAACGCAAAAGUUAAUUUGUAGCGAAUGCAAAAGAGAAGUUAAUAUAUUGAUCAUGGCUUUUCAUUCUAAACUCUAAUAAGCCAAAUUCUUUUUAUUAAUAAAAACUAAAGCUUUUUAUGUGUAAAAAAUAAUGAGGUUCAUUUUACAGUUAAGAUAAAAGACCCUUUAUUAUACAAGCAUUCAACUGAAAAAGGUUGAUUGGCCAGACUAUCUGAUACUUUAUUUUCCCACUCCUCCUGAUAGAAUCACAGAUAGUAUUAGAAUUAAUUAUGAAAUUAUAUAUGAAAUGUAUGGAGCUAUUUGUUAUUAUCAAGAUGAAGGCUCUUUUCAUUAUACAGCAUUUACAAGAGAUGAAAAUGAAUGGAAUGAAUACAAUGAUGAGCAUGUUGAAACAAAAAAAAUAGAUCCUCACGUUAUAAACUUGGCAUUUUACUGCAGAAAAACAUAUUCACGACCAAUUUAUAGUCGUUAA